AUGCUACGUGACUGUGUGGCUACCAACAACUUGGCCAACCGCUUCCUGCUGAUUAUUGACAAUGCACCUAGCCAUCCUCGGAACAUGGAAGACAGGAUUGACAAUAUUGAAGUCAUGUUUCUUCCUCUCAACUGCACUUAUUCAGGAUCAGGCGUCAUGGAUCAGGAUGUUAUCGCCACCUUCAAAACAUUCUACCAGAGCCGCACAAUAAAGCAACUCAUAACUGCAAUUGAUGGUGAAGGCAGGCCAAAAAUAAAGCAGUUUUGGGCCAAGUGCGACAUCAAGGCCAUAGAUAACAUCAACGAGUCUUGGAUGGAGAUCAAGGAACAGACGGUGAAUGGGUGCUGGAGGCAGAUCUGGGAGGAGUGUGUGACAGAUUUUAAGGGGUUCACUGAUAUGGCGGAUGUCAGAAGGGACAUCGUGCACCUGUCACAUCUUGCUGGCUUCACUGAGGUCGAUGAAUUAGACGUGGAGGAUUUCCUGGAGUCUCAUGACCAGCCACUCUCCAAUGAGGACCUCGUGCAGCUGGAGCAAGAGAGGUUAGUCACCGAGGAAGAGGAAGAGGAGGAGCUGGAACCACAAAGAGGACUGGACAUCAAAACACUCCGGGAGGUGUUCAUUGGCAUAGUUCGCAGCUUGGAGCCUCUCAAAGAAUGUGAUCCAAACCCUGCCAGGAGUAGAAUGGCCAUUUACGCGAUAGAUAAAGCUCUCAAGGUGUAUUGGGAAAUUUAUGAUUUGAAAAGAAGGCAGGCAAAACAGUUCACCAUCUCCAGCUUCUUCAAGCCUUCUGCCAGCCCAGUCAGUCCUGCCGCCAACCCAGACACCCCUGCCGCUGUCCAAGCCAUCCCAGCCACCCCUGCUGCCAGCCCAUCCAUCUCUGCCACUGCAAGCCCACCCAUCCCUGCCAUUGCUGGGCCAUCAACCUCUGCUGCUGCAGGUCCAUCCUUUUCUGUCACUACCCCCGCUGACCAUUCAAGCCCCUUUUCCAGUGUGGACCCCUUCCUCAUCUCAGAUGAUAAGGAUGAUUAG